AGAUGACAUUUAAUCAUGCGGUUUUCUUUGUUUUUCAUGCGACUACGAUCCAAUGAGAUCGUAAGAUCGAAUUUCCCUAGAGUAACUUCACAAGCCACAUGGACAAGGGUUGGUGAAGCCGGCGAUCCAUGGCUCCGCGGCCUGACGUCCUCCGGCCUUCCACGCAGCGGAGUCAGCGGCCGCCGCCGCUCCAGCUCACACGUGCGCCGCCACCACGUAUCGCCCCGCGCCAAGCACCGCCGCGGCAUCUGUAAAGACGCCCUUGUCGCCUCCCGGAAUCACCCCACCACCCCGCGCAUUUAUUCCCCUCCCGUCCUCGCCCCCGCGCCAUGCCGUCGCGCCCCUCCUCUCCUCCCACGCCCGCCUCUCCGCCUCUCCGACACCGCCCGUCCCACGCUGGCGCCGCCCCCCAACGCCGUCGCCGUCGCCGCCACCAUGCCGGAGCCUGACGACGAAGGGGCGGGGCAGCAGCAGCAGCCGAAGGCGGGACCCGCGCUCGAGGGCCUCGUGGUGGGGAGCUACUGCCACGACGUGCUCCUCCGGGGCGGCCGCGUCGUGGGCGAGACGCUCGGCGGCGCGGCGGCCUUCGUCUCCAACGUGCUCGACGCCGCCUCGCCCCCGGAGGCCUCCUUCUCCGUCGUGUCCAAGGUCGGCCCUGACUUCGCCUACGCCUCCGCGCCGGCGCCCGCGCGGCACCCGCCGCUGCUCUGCCCCGCGCGGCCCACCACCUCCUUCCACGCCCGGUUCUCCGACGCCGCCGCGUCCGCGCACGCGCCCGACAGGCAGCUCAGGCGCGUCCACGCCUGCGAUCCGAUCUACCCCGAGGACCUCCCCGACCGCCGCUUCGCCUACGGCCUCGCCGUCGGCGUCGCCGGGGAGGUGCUGCCGGAGACGCUCGAGCGGAUGAUUCGGCUCUGCCGCGCGGUGCUCGUGGACGCGCAGGCGCUGAUCCGGGCCUUCGACGCCGAGGGCGACGGCAGCGGCGCUGCCGUCCGCCACGUGGCGCUGGAGGGUACGCCGUACGCGGGGCUUCUGCAGCGAGUGGCGUUCCUCAAGGCGUCGUCGGAGGAGGCGCCGUACGUGGGGGUAGAGACGGCGAGACGGCGCUGCUGCGUGAUCGUGACGGAGGGGAGGGAUGGGUGCCGGCUGUAUUGGGACGGCGGGGAGGCUCGCGUGGCGCCGUUCCCCGCCGUCCAGGUGGAUCCUACAGGUGCCGGAGACAGCUAUCUCGCCGGUUUCGCGGCCGGUCUGCUUUGGGGGCUGUCAGCUACGGACGCCGCGCUGCUUGGUAACUUCUUCGGCGCAGCUGCUGUCUCCCAAGUCGGCGUUCCCACCUUCCAUCCCAAGAUGUUGCAGGCUGUCAAACGGAUACUCGAGGACAAGGCGAUGCCACGGUCUAGUCCGUGUAUAAACGGCGCUGCCUUCACCUUCCAGAGAUCGAUUAUGCACGAUGAGCUACAUGCGUCUCUGGAAGAAGCGGCGAGGCUGAUGCGCGAUCAAUCACCACCAGCAACUGAAAAUGGUGAUGGUAUUCUCUUGGCACAAGAGCCGACUUCACCGCCAAGUGGAUGCUGACCUGAAGUUCAUUGCGAAAUAAUGGGAAACUGCCCUCCCAGAUUUCACAUUGAGAUCUGUACAGCCAACAGACGGAAUUGAUUGCUCGGCCGGAGCUUACAGUCAUGAACUGUUUUGAAUAGGGUUCUACUCAGACAGCUUCCCAUUUGUCAGGCAAAGCAAAAGAGCGAGUUAGCAUACGGAGCACCAUUCUGUAAUACUGAGAUUGAGCUUGUUACGGCUGGGCUGUACAUACCACCCUUCAAGUUUCCCCUAUAAUUUUGUAGUUCAUGAAAUCCAACAAAAGUAUUAUGGAGACAAAUUUUACACAUGGUUUUAAAGUAAA